UUGCAUUUUGUCAUUCAGUUAGUCGGUCGUGAGACUUUGGUGCGAGUGGGUCGUUGUUAAAGUUAUAAACGGAGUGUUUUUAAUUCUAUACUUUAAGUAUAAAAAAGAAUUGUUUCUUAUAUUUGCAAUUUUCAUUGCCGUGCAAAAAUAAGACAAUUUCUUUUACAAGAGGAUUUAAAUAAUAAUCAAAAGAAAAUCUAAACGCUAAAAGAAAAACCACAAAAAAAGUUACGUCAAACAUUUGGAUUUUUAUUAAAUAAAAAAAAAAGAUUUGAAUAAAGCAUAAAGAUGUUGUUCGGAGUUGCCCAUAACGCCUUCAAGUCUUUACGGCAGACUGCCCCCCGAGUCCGUGUCUAUUUAUAUAACAAAAAUGCUUAUUCUACACAGGUUGAAUACAAACCCAUUCGCUCUGUAUUGGUGGCGAAUCGUGGUGAAAUUGCUAUUCGUGUUUUCCGUGCCUGUACCGAAUUGGGCAUCAAAUCGGUGGCCAUUUAUUCCGAACAAGAUAAAAUGCACAUGCAUCGUCAAAAGGCCGAUGAAGCCUAUUUGGUGGGCAAGGGUUUGCCACCAGUUGAAGCCUAUUUAAGCAUUCCUGAAAUUAUUCGUGUCUGUAAGGAGAACGAUGUAGAUGCUGUGCAUCCCGGUUAUGGUUUCCUUUCAGAACGUAGUGAUUUUGCUCAGGCUGUCAUCGAUGCUGGUCUUCGUUUCAUUGGUCCCUCUCCCACGGUUGUCCAACAGAUGGGUGACAAAGUUGCUGCUCGUAUUGCUGCCAUCGAAGCUGGUGUACCCAUUGUACCCGGUACUGAUGGUCCUGUCACGACUAAAGAAGAAGCUGUUGAAUUCUGUAAGAAACAUGGUCUUCCUGUAAUCUUUAAGGCUGCCUAUGGUGGUGGCGGUCGUGGUAUGCGUGUCGUACGUAAAAUGGAUGAAGUUGAGGAGAUGUUUGAACGUGCCAGUUCAGAAGCUAAGGCUGCUUUCGGUAAUGGUGCCAUGUUUAUUGAAAAGUUCAUUGAACGUCCUCGUCACAUUGAGGUACAAUUGUUGGGUGAUAAGGCUGGUAAUGUAGUGCAUUUGUAUGAACGUGAUUGUUCCGUGCAACGUCGUCAUCAAAAGGUAGUGGAAAUUGCUCCUGCUCCCCGUUUGCCUAAGGAGGUGCGUGAUAAAAUGACUGAAGCUGCUGUACGUUUGGCCAAACAUGUUGGUUAUGAAAAUGCCGGUACUGUGGAAUUCUUGUGCGAUGAAUCGGGUAACUUCUAUUUCAUUGAAGUCAAUGCUCGUUUGCAAGUAGAGCACACAGUAACUGAAGAAAUCACUGGCAUCGAUUUGGUGCAAUCACAAAUCCGUGUUGCUGAAGGUAUGACUUUGCCCGAACUUGGCUAUACCCAGGAAAAGAUUCAACCCCGUGGCUAUGCCAUCCAAUGUCGUGUCACCACUGAAGAUCCCGCCAACGAAUUCCAACCUAGCACCGGUCGUAUUGAAGUAUUCCGUUCCGGUGAGGGUAUGGGUAUCCGUUUGGACAGUGCCUCCGCCUUUGCUGGUGCCAUCAUCUCUCCCUACUACGAUUCCCUACUAGUCAAAAUCAUCUCUCAUGCCACCGAUUUACAAAGCUCUGCCUCCAAGAUGAACCGUGCCUUGCGUGAAUUCCGUAUUCGUGGUGUCAAAACCAACAUCCCCUUCUUGUUGAACGUCUUGGAAAAUCAAAAAUUCCUUCACGGUGUUCUCGAUACCUACUUCAUUGAUGAACAUCCUCAACUGUUCAAGUUCCGCCACUCACAAAAUCGUGCUCAAAAACUGCUCAACUAUUUGGGUGAAGUUUUGGUUAACGGACCUCAGACCCCCUUGGCUACCACUUUAAAACCCGCUGAAGUUUCUCCCCAUGUUCCUACUGUUCCCCUGGAUUUAUCUCGCGAAGCCAUAGAACGUGAAGAACGUGGUGAAGCUAAAGUUACCGAACCCCCUAAGGGUUUACGUCAUAUUUUGACCACCCAAGGUCCUGAGGCCUUCGCCAAGGAAGUACGUUCCCGCAAAAAUCUCUUAUUGAUGGACACCACCUACAGAGAUGCUCAUCAAUCGUUGUUGGCCACCCGUGUUCGUUCCCAUGAUCUUUUGAAGAUUUCACCCUAUGUUGCUAAUAAAUUCAAUAAUUUGUACUCUUUGGAAAAUUGGGGUGGUGCUACCUUUGAUGUGGCACUACGUUUCUUGCACGAAUGUCCCUGGGAACGUUUGGAAGAGAUGCGUAAAUUGAUACCCAACAUUCCAUUCCAAAUGUUGUUGAGAGGUGCUAAUGCUGUGGGUUAUACCAACUAUCCCGAUAAUGUUGUCUAUAAAUUCUGUGAAUUGGCGGUUCAAACUGGUAUGGAUAUCUUCCGUGUCUUCGAUUCUUUGAACUACUUGCCAAACUUGAUUUUGGGUAUGGAAGCUGCCGGUAAAGCUGGUGGUGUUGUUGAAGCUGCCAUUUCCUAUACCGGUGAUGUCAGUGAUCCAGCACGUACUAAAUACGAUCUUAAAUACUAUACCAACUUGGCUGAUGAAUUGGUUAAGGCCGGCACACAUGUAUUGUGUAUCAAGGAUAUGGCUGGUUUAUUGAAACCCCAGGCUGCUACACUCUUGAUCUCUGCCAUUCGUGACAAACAUCCCGAUGUACCAAUUCACAUUCACACUCACGAUACCUCAGGCGCUGGUGUUGCCUCUAUGUUGGCUUGUGCUCAUGCUGGUGCCGAUGUUGUAGAUGUUGCUGUCGACUCCAUGUCUGGCAUGACUUCUCAACCCAGUAUGGGUGCUGUGGUAGCCUCAUUGCAAGGCACUCCCUUGGAUACCCAAUUCGCUUUAAGUGAUGUCUCCGAAUACUCUGCCUACUGGGAACAAACUCGUACCUUGUAUGCUCCCUUCGAAUGUACCACCACCAUGAAGUCUGGCAAUGCUGAUGUCUAUAUGAACGAAAUUCCCGGCGGUCAAUACACCAACUUACAGUUCCAAGCUUUCUCAUUGGGUUUGGGCGAUUUCUUCGAGGAUGUCAAGAAGGCCUACAGAGAAGCUAACUUGUUGUUGGGCGAUAUCAUUAAAGUAACUCCCUCCUCUAAGGUGGUGGGUGAUUUGGCUCAAUUUAUGGUCCAGAACAAAUUGUCACCCGAUCAAGUAUUGGAAAAGGCCGAAGAAUUGUCAUUCCCCAAGUCGGUUGUCGAAUUCUUGCAGGGUUCUAUUGGUAUUCCACACGGUGGCUUCCCCGAGCCAUUGCGUUCACGUGUCCUAAAGGAUAUGCCACGUGUUGAGGGCCGUCCUGGUGAGAAUUUGGCCCCCUUGGACUUUGACAAAUUGAAGAAGGAUCUUAAGGAAUCCCAUCCUCUCGUUACCGAACGUGAUGUUAUGUCUGCCGCUUUGUAUCCCGCUGUCACUGAAGAAUACUUGCAUUUCCGCGAAUCUUAUGGUCCCGUUGAUAAAUUGGAUACACGCAUCUUCUUAACCGGUCCCAAAGUCGGUGAAGAGUUCGAAGUUAGUCUGGAAAAGGGUAAAACUUUGAGUUUGAAGACUUUGGCUAUGUCAGAAGAUUUGACACCUAACGGUGAACGUGAAGUGUUCUUCGAAAUGAACGGUCAAUUGCGUUCCGUAUUGAUUCGUGAUAAUGAAGCUUCUAAGGAAAUGCACAUUCAUCCUAAAGCCUCUAAAUCGAACAAGAAUGAAGUUGGUGCUCCCAUGCCUGGUACCGUAAUCGAUGUGCGCGUUAAGGAAGGUGAUAAAGUAGAAAAGGGUCAACCUUUGGUUGUCUUGUCGGCCAUGAAAAUGGAAAUGGUGGUACAAGCUCCCAAGGCUGGUAUUGUUAAGAAAAUGGAAGUUAUCAAUGGCAUGAAAUUGGAAGGCGAUGACUUAUUAAUGAUUGUAGAAUAAAUUAGCCAAUAAACAAACCAUUUCAAACGAUCGAUCAUACAACAUAAGUAUCAUCCUUUCCCCACUGUGUAUCCACAUAAUCCUCAUCCAAUUUUAGAUGUAGUCAAAUGUUUAUGUUUAACAAAAUAUACGUGCGCGCGAUUUUAGAAAUCUUUACACAAAUCACUUUCUACAAAAUUAAUUAAAUUUAUAUAUUUAAAAUAGAUUUAAUGCUAAAGUACCAGUGAUAAUGUUUUAAAAGGCCAAUCGAAAGUUCAAAAUAAAUGACAUCAUGUAAUACGUUUAUAUACUUAAUUAAGCUUCAAAAAACAACAACAAAUUUUUAUUAAUUUUUUUAAUUAUUUUUUUUAUACUUUUUUUUGGUUUUAUAAAUUUGUUUUCUUCUUUACGCACAAUACAGCUAUAAGUUUUGUAAAUUAUAAACUUUAUUUCUUCUUUUUUUUUUCUUAAUUGUUCAUUUAUUGUUUAAAAUAAUAUGAGUCCUUUUUUAUAUAGUAAUUGUUAAGUGUUGUUAACUUUUAUUAUUAUUAAUUUUUUUUUUUUAAUUUUAUAGUUAUAAUUUUUUCGUUUGUUUCUUUAAGCUUUAAAGUUAUGUAUAUGUAUAGCUUUUUAAUUUUUUAUAAUAAUUUUUUUUAAUAAAAAUAUGUAUAAUUUCUUUUUUGUGAAAAGUUAAAUAAAUUAUAACCGUUAAUAUUUUGAAAUAAAAAUUAAAAUAAAAAAAAUAUAUU